UGCUAAACCUGCCGUUAAAACAGCCACCUUCCACUCUCCAGCUCUCUUAUUCCAAGAUCUGUCAGUGUUGUUCAUUAAUGGCGUGUAAUCGCAGCACUUCACAGUGAAAGCGUGCACCUCGUCGACGAUGACAUCGACGGGCAUCCUCCCCACGUACCAGCGCUUCAUCAACGGCGUCCCGGUGCCGUUCUCGCGUCGGUCGUUCCGCGCCCGCGAAAAGUACGUCAUCUUCACAGUGUUCGCCACCUUCGGGCUGGUCUGUUUCGGCACCUUCUUCUUCCUGCCGGAGUUCCGGAGCAACUCCUCCGACUCCGUGUACAAGAUGUACGACCAGAUCAAGCGGGCCGGGCCCGAGCUGCUCAUCCCGCCGCCGCCGCACCUCGACGAGGAGGCCCCCAGGCUGCUGCGCCACGAGGACGACGUCCGGGUGGACCCGCACGUCAUCGGGGACAGGGAGAAGUUGCGGGCCAAGGUGGACGAGGACAGGGAGCUGAAGGUGCUGGAGAGGCCGGGGCUGAGGAGCUCCUCCACGGCGGCGAGGCCCGAGGCGAAGGAGGACGUGGGGGACGUGCCCCAGGAGGCGGCCGUGGUGACGGUGCCGCCGGCGAUGAGUGAUUGGUAUCCGGUGGUUAGCAAUGGGGAGGAUAGGGAUGAAGAAGCGAGGGAGAGGAGGAAGAAAGUGAAGGAGAUGAUGAAACACGCGUGGGAUAAUUACGUCCGUUACGCUUGGGGCAAGAACGAACUGAAACCAAUAAGCAAACGUGGACAUAGUGCUAGCAUUUUCGGUACUUUACCGCUAGCUGCAACGAUUUUAGACGGCUUGGACACUCUGUAUAUAAUGGGAAUGAAAGAUGAGUUUAAACAGGCGAGAGAUUGGGUCGCCAAUGAACUAAAUUUGGACAAUAUGGCGGCUGAUGUGUCGGUUUUUGAGACAAAUAUACGGUUUAUUGGUGGUUUAUUGACAUGUUUCGCCCUCACAGGCGAUGUGAUGUUUAGAGACAAGGCGCAGCAAAUCGCCGAUAAAUUAUUACCAGCGUUUCAGACACAGACUGGAAUUCCACAUGCUUUGGUCAACUUAAAAACAGGCGCGAGUAAAAAUUUCGGUUGGGCGAGUGGUGGUUCUAGUAUUUUAUCCGAGUUUGGUACACUCCACUUGGAAUUUGCUUAUUUGAGCGACAUAACCGGCCAACCUAUAUAUCGCAAUAAAGUCGAUCAUAUUCGACAGUUCCUUCAAAGUUUGGAGAAACCAAACGGUCUCUAUCCGAAUUAUCUCAACCCGAAAACGGGUAAAUGGGGCCAACAUCAUAUGUCAAUGGGCGCCCUUGGGGAUAGCUUUUUCGAAUAUCUCCUCAAAGCUUGGCUCCAAUCCAACAAAGAGGACAACGAAGCUCGUCAAAUGUUUGACGAUGCAAUGCAAGCUGUCCUCCAACAUAUGCUUUUUACUUCGCCCUCUGGCCUCGCCUACUUUGCCGAAUUGAAAUUCGAUCGACCCGAACACAAAAUGGACCAUUUGGGUUGUUUUUCGGGUGGUCUGUUAGCACUCGGUGCCAAAACGCUCAAAAACGACAUGUCGAAUCGAUAUAUGGAGGUAGCGAAAAAAAUAACGCAUACAUGUCAUGAGUCGUACGAUCGCACCAAUACAAAAUUGGGGCCGGAAGCGUUCCGUUUUACGGAAGGUGCCGAAGCGAGAGCGUUAAAAAAUUCGGAAAAGUAUUAUAUUUUACGGCCGGAAGUUAUAGAAUCUUAUUUCUAUAUGUGGCGAUUGACGAAAGAUCAGAAGUAUAGAGAUUGGGGAUGGGAGGCUGUGCAAGCAUUGGAGAAGUAUUGUAGAGUGCCUGGGGGAUAUACAGGCUUGAAGAAUGUCUAUUCGGAUGAUCCACAAAAGGAUGACGUUCAGCAGAGCUUCUUUUUGGCGGAAACGCUUAAGUAUUUGUACCUGUUAUUCUCCGACGACAGCUUAUUAUCGUUCGACAAUUGGGUGUUCAACACCGAAGGUCACCCAUUGCCCAUCAAGGGUGUGAAUCCAUUCUACCGUGAAGCAUCAGUGUGAACAAAAUAAAAAAAUCUAGACAGACAAUUAACGACUGAAUAGACUCGAUCUAGUUACUUAUGUGAAGAAAAAAUGGCAUGUUUGUGUGAGUGCGUGUGAGAGAGAUGUAACUAAUCAACUACAUGAUUGUACAUAGUUUUGAAAUUCGCGUCUGGAUUCGUUGUCUCGCAAAAAAUCGAUUUAGUUUUAGCUAAAUGAAGCGCUUUGACUACUAAGUAGUCCCCGUAACUUAUACUAUUUUAAGUAACAUUUAGCUGAACUAAAUGAGCAGCUAAUGACACAAAAUAGGCCAAAUUUUGUUUUAAGUCUAGGGAGGCGGCGAGUCCAGCUAUAGGUCAAUUGUAUCAUAUUUUUAUUUGUACAUUUUUAUACAUAGGUCUGUGGGGCAAAGGUAUUUAUUACUUAUUUUUUUGUUAUUAUUGUUUUACGUUUUAGUCCUUCCCUCUUCUUAAAUUAUUAAGCUAACUGAAUCAAAGUGUUCGUAAAAAUUGAAUCAUGUGAUAGAACGAUUUUAUUGUAAUUAAUUAAAUUCUCAUAAUUC